AUGGGGGCCAAGUUCCCUGGGCAGGCCCCCAACGGAGCUCCUCCGGCUGAUCUCUUCAACAUCUGGAGAAACGAUUACAUGCUCACCCCCCAGCAGGCUGCUGCCGAGGCCGCUGAGAGGAAAAAGAACACUCUCUUCGACGGAGUGUUGCCUCCCUUCUCCAACGUCGGAGAGACCACCUUCGGAGAGGUCGGCACCCCCACCAUCAGCGGUCUCGGUGUCGCUCGUGACUUCUCCACCGCCAACCCCACCUCCGCUUACGAUGUUGCCAACUUUGGCAAGACCAUCGCUGUGAACCCCGACGUUCUCAUCAACCCCAAGACCGGAGCUGGUCCCGACAGGGCCUUCUUCGAGAAGAAGGGUGGCAACGCUCCCUCGCAGCCCCGCAAGCGCCUCUUUGGCAAGUAA